AUGACGGACUUUGAAGUUCUGUUUGAGCUGCAGCUCCCCUCCGACUCUCCGUUCGGGGUCCUGCAGGAAGACGCGGGCGAGGCGGAGGGGCCGCUGUCGUUCUCGUCUGUCUUUGCUCUGGCGCCACCUUGCGGCGAUAGCGUGAACUGCAGCAGGGACUGCAGCUGCCUGGGGGCCAGAUGGAGGGAGAGGAGCCUCCGGUCCAUGGAGCUGCAGCUCCAGUUCCUCCUGAGCAAAGCAGACGACUUGCACGACUGGCUCGUCAACGGACGGGGUCACCUCGAUAGAGCGGCUCUUGCUGCUGCAGUGCCAAGCUUCCUGUACACCUGUCAGCCUUACUUUAACCACCUGGAAUCCUCAAGCUCCGUGUCCCAGCACACCCUUCUGCCUUUUGACGUCUAUACAAGGCGUGUGCAGCUGCUGGAAUUCUCUCAGCAGCUGUGUGACAGGUUGGAGCAACUGGUGUUGACCUACGCCAGCUAUAAUCUCCUCUGUCUGGACGAGACCAAGCCUAACAGUGUGUCUCACUUCUGCGUGGGUCAGAGUUGGCUCGGCCCACUGAGGGUGACCGCGUUCCGUUACUGUAAGCCCACGGCGUACUUGGCCCGGGCCGACACCGGCCUCUACAAGCGCAUGCGCUGGAACGUGGAGAGACUCGAGGACGAGCAGCAGACGGAUGACGAGAGUGAGGAGGUGGAGGUGGAGACAGUCGGCGACACAGAGUAUUACUUCCUGUGCUACGAGGACAUCCCCAACGCACACGCAGACGCAGAUAGCCAAGGCAGCGUGGUGAGGAUGUGGUCCAUCGGUCAGUGGGUGCAGGUGACCCCCAUCACAGAGAACAUCUAUGACUGGAUCAUGUGCGAGGUUCCUCAGGCCAACUAUCACAGGCUGUUGUACCUGGGCAGCGAAGAGCCGUCGAGCUGCUGCGCUACAGACUACCUGCAGCAGCUGCUGUUGUCACACCAGACACCGGAGUGA